AUGCUACACCAAUGUUCCAUUUACGUAAACCGGGCACAGCAUUCAACCGCUAUUACUGCCUGUGUGAUAAUACUGAUAUUUGUGCCGAUUUGCACCGGAUUGCCGCUUUGGAACUUCUUUAACAGAACCGAUGGUUUGGCGGACAUUCCAGAAUCCGGCGUUGUGUCAAGCAAGGUGCUUGACGAUAGUGAUGAUCUAAAACCAUUACUACGAUACGACACCGUAGUUCCGAUACUGCAGGUGAUUUUUACACCUAUUGGUCGUAUGGUGUGGCCCCGCGUUGAGCAAUGGUUCUCCGAAAUCUUUGGCGCUUACCUGGACAGUGCAAAUCGAGCCAUUGAAAAUAUGGCCCAAUUUGCAACGGAUAACAUAUCUUUUCAAAAGGGAGACACAUAUUAUGCCAAAAGCGAUAUGAUUGAUGGACACGGGCAUCAAUCGUUGAUUGUCACGCUACCCUCUGGACGGACGAUUACGGUGCUAACAUUCAAAACGAAAAGUAAAUUCAACGUCUUCGAGGAAUUUCCACAACUGAGCGAAUCACAGAAUGAGGUUAGGAAGUUGGACUGA